AUGGGCCUGAAAUCAAUAACCUAUGAAGAAGUGGAUGUUAAUUUCACUCCAGAAGAGUGGGCUUUGCUAGAUCCUUCCCAGAAGAGUCUCUACAAAGAUGUCAUGCUGGAUACCUACAAACACCUUACAGCUAUAGGCUACAAUUGGGAAGACCAUACUGAAGAACAUUGUCAACAUUUUAGAAGACAUGGAAGCCAUGAAAAACCACAUACUAGUGAGAUCCCCUAUGAAUGUAAUCAGUGUGGUAAAGCCUUUGCAUGUCAUAGAUCUCUUCAAAGACAGGAAAGAAUUCAGAAUGGAAAGAAACUCUACAAAUGUAAUCAAUGUGAAAAAGCCUUUUCAAGACAUAGUAGUCUCCAAAAUCAUAAAAGGACACAUACUGGAGAGAAACCCUUUGAAUGUAAUCAAUGUGGUAAAGCCUUUGCAGAUCGCAGUAACUGCCAGAGCCAUAAAAGAAUUCAUAGUGGAGAGAAACCCUAUGAAUGUCAUCAAUGUGGUAAAGCCUUUUCCCAACUCAGUAGUCUCCAAAAGCAUAAAAGAACACAUACUGGAGAGAAACCCUAUGGAUGUAAUCAGUGUGAUAAAGCAUUUUCUCAUUGCUGUGAUCUCCAGAGACAUGAAAGAAUUCAUACUGGAGAGAAGCCCUAUGAAUGUAAUCAAUGUGGCAAAGCCUUUUCACAUCCCAGUAGUCUCCAAAGGCAUAAAAGCACACAUACUGGAAAGCAGCCCUAUGAAUGUAAUCAAUGUGAUAAAGCCUUUGCACGUUGCUGUGAUCUCAAGAGGCAUGAAAGAAUUCAUGCUGCUAAGAAAUCCUAUGAAUGUAGUCAAUGUGGUAAAGUCAUUGCACAUUCCAGUGACCUUCGAAGGCAUGAAAGAAUUCAUACUGGAGAGAAAGCCUACAUAUGUAAUCAAUGUGGUAAAGCCUUUGCACGAUGUUGUGAUCUCCAGCGGCAUAAAAGAAUUCAUAGUGCAGAGAAACCCUAUGAAUGUAAUCAAUGUGGCAAAGCAUUUGCACAUUGCAGUAACCUCCAAAGGCAUGAAAUAAUUCAUACUGGAGAAAAACCCUACAAAUGUAAUCAAUGUGAUAAAGCCUUUUCACAUCCCAAUAGUCUCCAAAAGCAUAAAAGAACACAUACUGGAGAGAAACCUUUUAAAUGCACUCUAUGUGGUAAAUCCUUCCACCAUACCACUGGUCUCAAAAGCCAUGAAAGAACACACACUGGAGAGAAGCCUUACAAAUGUAAUCAAUGUGGUAAAGCCUUUACAAAAAACAGUCAGCUCAUACGGCAUAAAAGAACACACACUGGAGAGAAACCAUAUGAAUGUAAUGAGUGUGGCAAAGCCUUUUCACAAAACAGUAAUCUCAUAAGCCACAAAAGAACACACACUGGAGAGAAACCAUAUGAAUGUAAUGAGUGUGGCAAAGCCUUUUCACAAAACAGUAAUCUCAUAAGCCAUAAAAGAACACACACUGGAGAGAAACCUUAUGAGUGUAACCAGUGUGGUAAAGCUUUUGCAAAAAACAGUCAUCUCAUAAGCCAUGAAAGAACACACACUGGAGAGAAACCUUAUGAAUGUAACCUGUGUGGUAAAGCCUUUGCAGAAAACAGUCAUCUCUUAAGCCAUAAAAGAACACACACUGGAGAGAAACCUUAUGAAUGUAACCAGUGUGGUAAAGCCUUUGCAGAAAACAGUCAUCUCAUAAGCCAUAAAAGAACACACACUGGAGAGAAACCUUAUGAAUGUAACCACUGUGGUAAAGCCUUUGCAGAAAACAGUACUCUCAUACGGCAUAAAAGAACACACACUGGAGAGAAACCUUAUGAAUGUAACCAGUGUGGUAAAGCCUUUGCACAAAACAAUCAUCUCUUAAGUCAUAAAAGAACACACACUGGAGAGAAACCUCAUGAAUGUAAUCAGUGUGGUAAAGCCUUCGCACAUAACAGUACUCUCAUACGGCAUAAAAGAACACACACUGGAGAGAAACCUUAUACAUGUAACCAGUGUUGUAAAGCCUUUGCACAAAACAGUCAUCUCAUAAGCCAUACAAGAACACACAAUGGAGAGAAACCUUAUGAAUUUAAUGAGUGUGGUAAAGCCUUUGCACGCAACAAUAAUCUCAUAAGCCAUAAAAGAACACAUACUGGAAAGAAACCUUAUGAAUAUACCCAAUAUGAUAAAGCCUUUGCACAGCUGUCUCCGGAAACAUGAAAAAACGCACAGUGGAGAGA